AUGUCUACCUCAGUCAAGCAUCGCGAAUUCAUCAGCGAGCCGAUGGGCGAAAAAGACGUCGAUGCCAUCGCCGGGAUUGGACCGACCUAUGGCGAGAAAUUGAAGAGCAGCGGAUUCGACAAGGCCUACGUGCUCUUCGGACAAUUUCUACUCCUGAAGAAGGACGAGGAGCUCAACACGGCACGAACUGCUUUAACUGUCUCAACGAGUGGGCGUCGCAAUUUAUCUAAGAGCUGGUUCCUCCGAUGCCCCUCCCCCUCGAACCGCCACAUAGAAGAAAUUCACCCUGCCUCAACCCACUUCACCCACUCAUCUCGGUCCGUUCCA